CACCAGACACUCCAUUCUUUUCUCUGGUUCUUUAGGAAAUCCAGAAAAACAAAAGUAGAUUUUUUCUUGUUUUUGAUAAUGGCUGGGACUGGUUUGUUUGCAGAGAUAUUGGAUGGAGAUGUUUACAAGUACUAUGCUGAUGGAGAAUGGAAGAAGUCUUCUUCAGCCAAAACUGUUGCCAUUAUUAAUCCAACUACCAGAAAAACUCAGUACAAGGUUCAAGCUUGUACACAAGAAGAAGUGAACAAGGUCAUGGAAUCAGCAAAAACUGCACAAAAGUCUUGGGCCAAGACUCCACUUUGGAAACGAGCUGAGCUACUUCAUAAAGCUGCAGCCAUCCUAAAGGAGCAUAAAGCACCAAUUGCUGAGUGCCUGGUUAAAGAAAUUGCAAAACCAGCCAAAGAUGCAGUUACCGAGGUUGUAAGGUCCGGGGAUCUGGUUUCUUACACUGCUGAAGAGGGAGUUAGGAUUCUUGGAGAAGGAAAAUUCUUGGUAUCUGAUAGUUUUCCAGGGAACGAAAGAACCAAAUAUUGCCUCACUUCCAAGAUCCCGCUUGGAGUAAUUCUAGCCAUUCCACCAUUCAAUUACCCUGUCAACCUUGCCGUUUCGAAAAUCGCACCAGCUUUAAUUGCAGGAAACUCCCUUGUACUCAAGCCACCUACACAGGGUGCUGUUUCAGCUCUUCAUAUGGUGCACUGCUUUCACUUGGCUGGCUUUCCCAAAGGGCUCAUUAGUUGUGUGACAGGGAAAGGCUCUGAGAUUGGUGAUUUCCUUACUAUGCAUCCUGGAGUUAAUUGUAUAAGCUUCACUGGUGGAGACACUGGUAUUGCUAUCUCAAAGAAGGCAGGAAUGGUCCCUCUUCAAAUGGAAUUGGGAGGAAAAGAUGCUUGUAUCGUACUCGAGGACGCCGACUUAGAUUUGGUUGCUGCAAACAUAAUAAAAGGAGGAUUUUCUUAUAGUGGCCAAAGAUGCACUGCUGUUAAAGUUGUGUUGGUGAUGGAAUCUGUUGCGGAUGUUCUGGUGGACAAAGUGAAGGCAAAAAUCGCAAAGUUAACGGUUGGACCACCGGAGGAUGACUGUGAUAUCACUCCGGUUGUGUCGGAAUCAUCUGCAAAUUUCAUAGAAGGGCUGGUCAAGGAUGCCAAAGAGAAAGGAGCUACAUUUUGUCAGGAGUACAAGAGAGAUGGCAAUCUUAUAUGGCCAUUGUUGUUAGACAAUGUUCGGCCUGAUAUGAGGAUUGCAUGGGAGGAACCUUUCGGCCCGGUUUUGCCAGUUAUAAGAAUCAACUCCAUUGAGGAAGGAAUCCACCAUUGCAAUGCUAGCAACUUCGGGCUCCAGGGAUGUGUGUUCACUAAGGAUGUCAACAAAGCAAUAUUGAUUAGUGAUGCAAUGGAGACCGGGACAGUUCAGAUUAAUUCCGCACCAGCUCGAGGACCGGAUCAUUUCCCAUUUCAGGGUUUGAAAGAUAGUGGAAUUGGAUCACAGGGAGUUACCAACAGCAUUAACAUGAUGACAAAGAUCAAGAGCACUGUCAUCAAUUUACCAACCCCAUCUUACACUAUGGGUUAGUAUUGCCAAUCAGGGAAUACAAACAUACAUACAUACAUAAAUAUAAAUUAGUUAAAAUCUUAGCUAAGAUGGUAAAUAUGUAUGUUUGAAGAUUAGUUGCAUAUGAUAUUUAGUGAAUAAGAAUAAUGGAGACAGAGAACUCAGCAACCAGUUUAUAUUGGUUAGCUGAUGAAGAAAAGGACAAAAAUGAUGCAGGCAAUGGAGGACAUUCCAAAUUAUGAGGACGUGAAGACGGCCUCCCAUCUCUCAUCAUCAUCAUGAUUCAUGCAUCAUUGAAUGAUUCAUGGUUUUGCAAUUGGGCAAGGAUUUUGUCUCCAUUCUUCAAACUAGUACAAAUAUUUCUUUGUUUGUUGUACUCCACUUGACAGUCUUAUCCAACAAAAAGGGUGUCACACCCUUUGCCUAAGCAAUUUCAAUUGAUUCAAAUAAAAACACAGCUGCUUUUGAUCUCAA